AUGGUAGGACAUGACAUGGAAAUCCCAGGUGAUGUCGGUAUCGUGGCUCGCCUGUGUCAAGCCUGCAUCGACAUCAUCAAGACCAUGACCGUAAAUGGAGCAGAGGACCAAUCAUUCCAGGCACAUAUCGUGCCACUCAUGAGAAUCCAGCACAGUCUAGUGCUCUGGGACAUUGAUCACUCUGUAGCCAACGGUAAUCUGGACAGUAUCCUUCAGACGUCACGUGGGCUUCAGAAAGCAACAUUGGUUCCAUUGAGAUCCAUCAUACGUAUUUUGGCAUUUGAUAUGCUGCGCUACGUACCACUCAGGACCCGCGAGCAGAUCCUUGGACAACGAUACGAAUACCAACUACUGUUGGAUGAAUCUGAGUUCUCCCUGUGUCGCGACGAUGAUUCUGAUGAAGAGCAUACCGCAUCUGAGCCCGACGAGGAUGCUUCGGAGACAACUGAUAGCGAAGAAUCUGGCAUUCAUGUCAUUCUACAUAGACUGUCAAACUUGGUCCGGUGUCUCUUUGAUCUGGGCGGUGCCCUAGAAAGCCCUGCUCCAGAUCCGGAGUAUUUGUACCCAUCAGGCACAACCGAACCGUCGUUAAACAUAUCUCCUUAUCAAGCAUAUGCACAAAAAAUACGAGACAGAUUUCCUUCGGCCCCAAAGACUGUUAUUGAGUACCUUGGUCAAGCAAAUCUAAAGAGAUAUCAGCGGAUCAUGCAGCGAAUAAGAGAAGAAGAAGAAGAAGAAGAAGCUCAGGUUAGAGACACCCACGCUUCACCCACUGAUAUCCAUUCCACAGCUGGCGCCACGGAAAUAGCCCGCAACUCGUCAGCAUGGGCAUGGCUCAUGGACGCCGAAUUUAGAGACUCCGCCCUAGGGAGUUCAAUUCCAACGGGUACCAGUCGCUCUCGGUCAAGUCUCAGUGAAGCCUCUUCCACAAUAUCGGCCAUGGCCGGAGAAGCUUGGAAGUCAUUCCCUCGGUUGACUGAUGAUGCGAAGCACGGAAAACCAUUCCAGUGUGAUGCAUGCGGUCGCAUACUUGUCAUAAGUAAAACGAGACAGUGGAACAGACAUCUUGAAGAAAUUUCGGCCGCAGCACUGCCACGUAAUGCAUCUGAGCACAUAGGCGAUGACGAAGCUUCCGAGGUGUCAGCAUCAAGUCACGCUUCGAGUGCCGUCCCAGCAUCCCAGUACUCUGACCAUGAAGAUAACGGGCCAGUCAAUGAGGAGGAAUCAACUGGAGACACCGGCGUCAAUGAAGAGGCCCCGAUUACUUACGGGUAUCUUUUCAAUGAAGACCGAAGUCCGACCGAGAUGUUGGAGGCUCUCCUUGGAUCCAUCUUCAAUUAUGCAGUCGCCUUCAUCGAGGACGCUGCGGAUGUUCCCGGUGGAUUGUUAUACAUGACACCGCACCGAACAGCUGCAUUAUACAGGCUCGCUGGAUUGAACUAUGAUUCUUUAUUCGCGGAUGCUCCCCACAAGGCAAUUAGUUAUAUCUGGGAAGUUUUAGGAGUACAGCAUGUCCUACUUCCUGGCGAGAACGAUUUCCAACCACCUUCUAUCCCAGGUCUUACGCGGAACGGUUUCAUUAGAUGGCAGUCAAUACAAAUACUGCUGGGACCGGAGGAGCAUGUCCCAUUUAUGCAGCAUGCAGCUCUUCACUGGGGUCUUCGGCAUCCUCGUACUGGGCAGCUACUCCCAAGGGAUCUUCCGGCUAAUUCGUUCCCAAAAGUUUGUGACCCAGAGAUUGACCGAUGGCAUAAGGAAUGUGCGGACCACCUCCGUAAUAACUAUCGUGAGCCUUCAAAAACCAGGAUGACGCCGCUGACAGGUGGGGCCAUGGGUCCAGAUGGCUGGGCAGAGAAGGCAAAUAAGCCCGAAAAGAACCCGUACCCGUGGGUUGAUGGUCCUAGCGUUAAUUCAACCCCCUAA